AUGACGACUCGGGGGAGCAGAUCGCAGAAAGUUAAGAUAAUAUUCCAGCAAUUCGAUGCGAACAGGGACGGUUGUCUUAGCCGUGAGGAAAUGUCGGCUCUGGUGGUGGCGGUGAACCCUAGGGUUAAAUUUAGCGAGGAGCAAAUUAAUGCAAUCCUUGACGAGGUGUUUCGUACAUACGGAGAAUUUAUAGACGGCGAAAAGGGCCUCACGUUCGAUGGCCUCCUUCGAACCUACGAUGACGGAGCUGGUGAUCUGGACCGCGAUUUUGAUGCCCUUGGCCUCGAGCUUAAGCCCUCUGAGGAGAAAAAUGGAAUUUCAUUGGUAUCAGAGGAGGCAGCCUCGUCGUCGUCCAUUGCACAUGAGCGUGUGAUGGAACCCCAUAAAAAACAGCGCACCGUUGCCUGGGCAUCCUCCCCUAACCACGGCAUUGUGUUUGAUGAUACAUGGAAGCUUGUUGACGAUCUUGAAAUAUUAAUUAAAAGGUUAAAAUCGAAGCAGUCCAACAAUGGUAAGGUGAAAAAUGAUAAUUCUGAUGUAUAUUCAGAUCCAGGAUGGUCUCGGGAGCUAGGCCCAUCAGUGGAAAUUACGGAGAAAAGGGUGAUUUGGGAAGAGUUGGGGCAUGACUAUGCAGUUUUUGUGAAGGAGUUGGGAGUUUUGAGGUCUAGGGCUGAUGGAGCAAGGUCAAGGGAAGAGGCUUUUGAUGGACAUAUGGCGAUUGGAAGAGUAUUGUAUGAGCAUUUUUUGUUCAAGGAGGCUUUGGUGAGCUUCAGGAGAGCAUGCGAGUUGCAGCCAACUGAUAUCAGACCGCAUUUUAGAGCAGGGAACUGUUUGUAUGUACUUGGGAGGCAUAGUGAGGCCAAAGCGGAAUUUCUACUUGCACUGGAGGCGGCAGAGGUUGGUGGGAAUCAAUGGGCGUAUCUGUUGCCCCAGAUUCAUGUGAAUUUGGGAAUUGCAUUUGAAGGUGAAGGUAUGCUUAUUAGUGCUUGUGAGCAUUAUAGAGAAGCUGCUAUUUUGUGCCCUACACAUUUUAGGGCUUUGAAGCUUUUGGGUAGUGCCCUUUUCGGUGUGGGUGAGUAUAAGGCGGCCGUUAAGGCCUUAGAGGAGGCUAUUUAUAUGAAGAAUGAUUACGCUGAUGCACACUGUGAUUUGGCUUCUGCUUUGCAUGCCGUGGGUGAUGAUGAUAAUGCAAUUAAGCAGUUUCAGAAAGCUAUUGACUUGAAACCUGGUCACGUGGAUGCACUGUACAAUCUUGGCGGGCUAUAUAUGGAUAUGGGUAGGUAUCAGAGGGCAUCAGAGAUGUAUACUAGGGUCUUGGGUGUGUGGCCAAACCAUUGGAGAGCACAGCUAAAUAGGGCAGUUUCUUUGUUAGGAGCUGGGGAAACUGACGAAGCUAAGAAAGCUUUGAAAGAAGCUUUAAAAAUGACUAACAGGGUUGAAUUACAUGAUGCCAUAUCGCACUUGAAGCAGCUACAGAAGAAGAAGUUGAAGGGGAACGGUAGUGUUAAUGUUGAGGAGGCCUACAUUACCGUGGAACCCUCAAAAUUUAAGACUGUAGGUGAGAAAACUAUCUUGAGGCCAGAACUCGCUGUUGCCCUUGAUAUUAGAGCUUUUCAGAGGAUCACUAGAUUGAAUCGGUGUGAGGUAGAACUAAUAGAGAAAGAAAUGAAUGAAAGUGGUGUACCAGUAUCCUAUUCUGGCAGUGGUAUACCUGAAAAGUCCAUACGCAAGGCUUCAUUGGAGGGAAUUCUCUGCAAAUUACUUAACUUCUUGAAGCCGGAAACAUUUACAGGAGCUGUCAAAGCUGUAAACCAGAAAAUCCUCUCUGUUUUGGAUGAAUCAGAGUCAGGAAGAGUGGAUUUGGGCAUGUUUUUUGCUGUCCUUUCACCUAUUUGUGGUGGUUCUCCAGAAAAGCGAAAGAGGCUUGCAUAUGAUGCACUCUUGUGGCGCCCAGUAAAUGAAGGUAGCACACAGAUAUCAAAGUCUGAUGCCCAGAGAUACAUCAAACUUUUGAGGGCCAUCUAUAUUCCCUCCCAUGGUAUUAGUGAAAUACUGGAAAUCCAUGGAGAAACAGAUAACUCCAUGGUCUCUUUAACAGAGUUCAUUGCAAUGUUUGAUGAUCAAGAAUGGGGCUUUGGUAUCAUGUCGACUCUAUUGAAGCUUGAAAGUGGGGAUAGAACUCGCCAUGGUUUCCAUGUCUGUUCAACUUGCCGUUAUCCCAUAAUUGGUUCCCGCUUUAAAGAGAUGAAAUCGCACUUCAGCCUUUGCAGUCAAUGCUACAGCGAAGGAAAAGUGCCUCCUACCUGCAAGCAAGAAGAGUACAGAUUCAAAGAGUAUGCAAGUGAAUCUGAAGCUGUUAAAGAUAAAUGUACGUGGUUCAGUUUGCAUUCCAAAGUGCCGCCUGCCCCUAGUUGGUCAUGUCAUGUGUAA